AUGGUGAAAGGGGAAGCAGGAACGGCGACCUGCGGCAAUGCCGCCGGUGAUCAGGAACAGCCCCUGUUCAAGGUGCUGCGGGAGGUCCCUGCCAUCCUGGACUUCAUCCCCGAAGCAGACCUCGCCGAGGCGGCUGCGUCGUGCUGGGCGAUGCUCCUCGCCGUGCUACGCUUCGGCGUCCGGACGCGGGGUGUUGAAACUUGCUUACACCCCUUGACGUGUUUUCAUCUGCACCUCUCGAUGGACCGCAAGGCUCCCGUCCUGAAGCGCCUCGGCAGAGCGCUGCUGGAGGGCCUCGCGCAGCGCAUCGACCCCUCCGAGCCAUACGUCGCGCGGAUCUGCUUCGCCGGCGCGCAGCUCCCUGUCAGCAACGCGCGCACGCUGCACGAGGCGGCGCGCGGCACGGGCGCGUUCGCGGACGAGAACUACCACGACCUCCACCACCUGGAACAAAUGCUGGCGGCGGCGAGCGCGGCGACGGGACCUGCGGCGCUGCGCGUGCUUCAGUGGAGGAUGCCCGUGAUCAAUUAUGAUGCGGCGCAGCCCACGUUCCCGCGCAACUUCCGCUCCAAAGCCAUAACCAAGCGCGCGAUUGAGCACAUUUGCUCGCUCCUCGAGACUCCGGCAGUGCUGCGAAACAUCGAGUUCAUCGCAUUCAAUGCGGGACCGUUCUGGUCUGCGGCCAUGCCUCGUAUUCUGGACGUCCUGUGCGCUGCACCGGCCCUCCGCGUGGUCGAUGUCUCGGAGAUCGACCUUGGCUCAACUGGCGGCGCUGCGGUGGCGAAGCUGCUGCGCGAGUGCGAGACUCUGCAGUCGCUCAACGUGUCGCACACCAAGCUCCCGGGGAACGCCGCCGUGGCCGUGGCGCAAGCCUGCGCGGCCCGCAACCUCGGGGAGAUGCUCUUCGACUUCCAGCCGGCGGCCGACGACGUGGCGGCGGCGCUGACGCAGUGCGGCGACACUAUGCCGAAGACGCUGAGCAUUGGCGGGACGGACAUGACCGCGGUGGGCGUGUCGCAUGUCGCAAGGCACAUGGCGAAGGGCAACAACGUCGUCAACCUGUGGCUACACAGCCCCGGGAUGGGCGCGCUGGCCGAGGGCCUGGCGAGCAACACGUCGCUGCGCGUGCUCUGCCUCGGUGACACCAAGCUGGGCCCGGACGACGCGGUCAGGCUGUGCAGGGCCAUCGCCGGCAACACGGCUAUGAAGCUGGAGGUGCUGGACCUGUGCCUCAACCCGCUCGGCGCCGUGGGGACGCAGGCGGUGGCGCAGAUGCUGGAGGCGAGCAGGUCGCUGGCCAAGCUCAACCUGAAGGAGGUCAAAGUGGGCAACGCCGGGCUGCAGCGGCUGGGCGAGGCGCUGACGGUGAACGCCAGCCUCCAGACGCUGAAAAUGUCUCGGCCUGGCGGGUCUGCGAGCGGCCUGUGUGCGUUCCUGCGCGGGCUGGCGUCGAACGCGACGCUCAGGGCGCUCGACCUGGACUUUGUGUGGCUGCGCGACAAGGCGACGCGACAGGCGCUCGGCGAGCUGCUGGCGCGCAACUCUGCGCUGCACAGUCUCAGCCUCGUCCAGCAUUACAAUAAAAAGGAGAGCCUGUACACGGAUGAGCUCGCGGAGGGUCUGAAGACGAACACAGCGCUGAGGAAUCUCGACCUCUCGGGGCGCGUGAUCGGCAUCGCCGGUGCAAAGAAGCUCGCCGCAGCACUGCGUGAGAACACGACUUUGCAGUCGCUCAUUCUCGACGUCUGCGGGAUCCGCUCGAAGGGCGGCGUCGCUCUCGCAGACGCCCUGAAGCGCAACGCGGCGAGCAACUUGUGCUACCUCUCGCUGGGCGCGAACGUGCUCGGCGACGACUGCGCGAGGGCGUUUGCGGAGCUCCUGCGCACCAACCGGCGUCUGAUGGAGCUCGGUCUCGGAGGCAACUCGAUCACUGACGCCGGCGCCAGGGUCAUCGUCGAGGCGUACCUGGCGCGAGAGUUCCCCGAGCAGGCGGAGGUGCUUCUGUGGGGCAACGAGAUCUCGGCGGAGGGGUACGACUACAUGUGCAAGCUGGGCUGGAAUGUCGAACCACCGUGCGGCUGGAAUGUCCAACCACCGGACAGCUGA